AUGCAACCGCUGUCGACAGUGUUGGCCCUUGUAGCGGCUCUAGCGGCCCUUGCGCCGCAAGCCUCCGCAGAGACAGUCCUGGGUGCCUAUGUCUUUGCCCGCCAUGGAGACCGCACUGCCAAGUCCACGCCGUCUACUGACUUGACUAGCCUGGGUUACCAGCAGGUGUUCAACACCGGCUCUUACUUUCAUAACCGCUACAUUUCCUUAGCGUCCCAAUCACACAUUUUCGGCAUAAGCCCGGAAAUUGUAAAACCUAGCCAACUCGUCGCCUCCGCGCCUGACGACGAUGUGUUGCAGAAAUCCGCUAUUGCGUUCCUGCAGGCUCUGUACCCGCCCGCUGGCAGAGCCGCCAUAUCUACUCUUCGCAAUGGCACCGUUGUCGAGUCGCCUAUGAACGGAUACCAGCUCAUUGCUGUUGAGCAAGUGUCAACUGGCGGCAACAGCGAGAAUCUCGCCUGGCUGCAGAGUGCGACCAAAUGCCAGAAGGCUAAGACUAGCAGCAACCAGUUCCGCGAAUCCAAGGAGUAUCAUGAACUGCUCCAGUCGACCACCGAUUUCUACAAAACCAUCGCGCCCAUGGUGGAGGGAACCUUCCCGGAGUCAAAGGUUAACUUCGGCAAUGCGUACCUGAUCUGGGAUCUCCUUAAUGUUGCUAGGAUCCAUAACUCCACCGAUUCACUGCCAGAAGAUAAACUGCCGUCGGAGGCCACAUUUGCUCGUCUGCAAGAGCUGGCGAACAUGCAUGAAUUCAACCUUGCCUACAACUCCUCCUCCCCCAUCCGGGCAGUGAGCGGUUCGAUCUUGGCUGGCGAAGUUCUCUCCAGUUUCAAGGAACUAAUCUACUCAGCUGGCACCAAGACCAAACUCAGCGUCCAAUUUGGCGCCUACGCCAUCUUCCUAUCCUUUUUCGGCCUGUCAAAGCUUGCAGAGACGAAGUCCAUCUUCACCAGCGUUCCAGACUACUCAUCCAGUAUGGCAUUUGAGUUGGUAACCAACGCGUCGACCUCGCCAUCAGCUCCCUUCCCCGACCCAUCCGAGAUUAGUGUCCGCUACCUCUUCCGCAGCGGCGGCAUAGUCCCCGACUCCCCCGAAACCGAGCCAGUCGCGUACCCGCUUUUCGGCCAAUCGAGCACGCUCAUGCCGUGUCCGAGUUCGAGUCCAACAUGA